AGUGCUUCGACCAAACAUUGACCUUUCCAAUCCCUUCUCAUCUGUCUCUUUAUCAGAAAUGGAGUGCAUGGAAGCAAGAGCCUUGAAAUCCAAGGAACUCAGGGAACUGGGUAUGAAAUCGAACCAGCAAGCCUUUCUUGACAAUUUUUGGUGUUUCAAUGCAGCAAGUGGGGUUUCUAGUGAUGAUUUUUCCGUUGAUCGUUUCCUUGAUUUCUCCGCCGGAGAAUUUGACGACGGGGGCUCUGCUGAAGAAGAAGAAAAGGACUACCUCUCUGUUUCCUCUCAAGAUAACAACUUUAAUUCCGCCGGUUACUCUUUUAAUUCCCUCCUACCCGAAGAACUCUCUGUUCCGGUUGAUGAUGUCGCCGAGCUUGAAUGGGUGUCUCAAUUGGUCGACGAUUCUUCGUCAGAAUUCCCUCUGCUGUACCAGUUUAGUAAACAGAAAACCGACGGCCAUGCAAAACCCGACCCAAAACCGGUUUCAGUAAAACCGGCGUGUUUCCUUUUCCGAGUUCCGGCAAAGGCAAGAACUAAGCGGCCGAGAACCGCCCGUCGCGACUUGUCAACGUUGUUGGUUUUCUUGACCAAGUCGUCCUCAAGUUGUUCCAGUAACAGUGAGCCGCCAAUGAAGAAACCGAAGAAAAAACCGGCGGCUCUGACUGGUGGGUUGUUGGGAGGGAACGCGGUUCCGCGGCGGUGUAGCCACUGUCAGGUCCUGAAGACUCCUCAGUGGCGAACCGGCCCGCUGGGCGCCAAAACGCUUUGCAAUGCUUGUGGAGUUCGAUACAAGUCCGGUCGGCUCUUUCCGGAGUAUAGACCGGCUUGUAGUCCAAGUUUUUUAGCCGAUAUUCACUCCAAUAGCCACCGGAAAGUGUUAGAGAUAAGGAAAAGAAAGGAAAAGGAGUUAGCACUAGUAGGAGUGGAGCCCGGUUUGAAUCUGGUUCAUAGUUUUUUAGCCCAUUAUAAUAGUUACUAAGAACUUGUUUGAUAUGAGAGAUGAUGUUAAAGAUAUUUCGUUUAAUCAAAUUAAAAUGUAGGGCCAAUGUUUUAUUUUGGUUGAACGAAAUCACCUAAGCAAGUAGGCUGGAUAGAUUUUGGUAGGUUUAUGGUCCUUAAGGAUGAUGAAGGUCUUAGAAUUCAGUCCAAUUAAUGAUUAUAGUUGGGAUUUUAGGAUUUUUGGUGGGUUUUUCUUAUCGGUUUCUUUUGGUUUUCGCUCAAAUAGAUUUAGAAGAUAUAGAAGGUUUUUAGAUGGGUUUCAUUAUUAGUUGUUGGUAUUGUAAAAUAAAAAUAGUUGAAUAUG